GUUCGGCACCUUUCGCUCAGCCCUGUGAGCGCGCGCAUGCCUCUGCGAAGGCAAGGGAACGUGUCAGUUGUUGCCGAUACUCGGGAAUUGUCCUCGCGUCCUGUCAUCCCGCGCCCACCCCAAGGCCUGGGAGCUUCUAACCUCCGUGGCCUAGCCAUACAAGUAAUAGUCCAGCAGUCCUACAACACGAGCCAAUCACUAGGAGUCAACAACAACUACAACUCACAUAUUCUCGGCCCACUGGGCCCACCUGAACGUAAGAACUCUCCUCGCACGCGUCUUGACGCAGCCGUUUGGCAGAUACACGGCCAGCUCGUAGGCCUCGACUAUUUUCCGGGCAAAGAGUAUUCUAGAGUCGACCAACUAGGGAAUGGCCCCGGCGCCGUGCGCCUUGGGGCCGACGUCCUCCACCCACCAGCAAUCGUCGGGCAGCCAUAAGUCCAAGGGCAAGGGCGGCCUGCUGUCUAAGCUCCUAGGCGGAUGGCGGAGCGCUUCCUCAGGCGGACGUGGCACCUCGAGUCUGGCUCCCAGGCCCUCGAGCGCUCCUCAGUGGAACGGACAAGUUACAGGCUUGAAUGCUCCUGGCUCGGUGGCUUGCGGUGCUACCGCAACGGUGCAGGGAGCAACUGCACCCCCCUGCGGUAACCAGUGCACCUCCGCGCCAUUCCUGGGCUAUGCUACGGACCUGGAAAAGCAUUAUGAGCUGGGCCGUGAGCUCGGCAAGGGUGGAAACGGCGUGGUGCGCAUUGCUAAGAACCUAAUCACGGGCGAGGAGUACGCCUGCAAGAGCAUCCGCAAGGUCUUAACGGAUGCUAGCGAGAAGAAGAAGCAGGGCCAUCUAGACAGCAUCCGGCGCGAGAUUCAGGUCAUGACCAAGCUCAGCGGCAGCCUAAACAUUGUAAAGCUGGAGGACGUGUUUGAGGACGAGGAGAACGUCCACAUCGUGAUGGAACACUGCGCGGGCGGCGAGCUGUGGCACCGCAUCGGCGACAGCCACUACUCUGAGCGCACGGUUGCCUCGUUCAUGCGUGCCGUGCUGCGCACGUUGGCCCAGUGCCAUGCACAGCACAUCCUGCACCGCGACAUCAAGCCGGGCAACUUCAUGCUGCUGUCCGGCGACGACCGCGCGCCGCUCAAGGCCAUUGACUUCGGUUUGGCGGCGCCCUUCGACCCGGAGCAGCUGCCGCGCACGGAUUUGGGGCUGGAGGGCACGCCCUGGUAUAUGGCGCCCGAGACGCUGCGCGGCGAGUGGCUGCCGUCUAGCGACCUCUGGGCUGCGGGCGUGAUGGCGUUCCAGAUGCUGUGCGGCCGCUUCCCCUUCGACGACAAGAAGAACGUGUACGCGCCCGCCAUCACCGCCAUCUGGCGCUCCGUGCUCAACGACGAGCUGGACUUUGACAAGCCCUGGUGGGCGGGCAUCAGCGACGAGGCCAAGGACUUCUGCAAGCUGCUGCUCAACCGCGACCCCAAGCUGCGGCCCACCGCCAAGGAGGCGCUGAAGCACCCCUGGCUGCGUGGUAACAGCUCGGAGCGCUCCACCGGCAAGAAGCUGGGCCAGAGCGUGGUGGCGCGCAUCCAGCGCUUCGCCAGCGGCAGCCAGCUGAAGCGCACCGUGCUGCAGUCCAUCGCUGCCGAGCUGCUCUCCCACCCGGAGUUGCUGGCGGUGGAGCGCGAGCGCUGCGCCAUCAGCGACAGCGGCCGGCCCAUCGUGGCCACGCCCGACGCCGCCUGCCUGGCGCCGCUGAUGAAGCAGAUGCGGCUGGAGCACGGCGGGCAGCUGACGGAGGCCGCGCUGAGCGACGCGCUGGCGGCCAUGGGCUUCCGUCUGGCGCCCAGCGAGGUGACGCGGCUGAUGGAGCAGGUGGAUAUGGACGGCACCGGCGUCAUCGACAAGGCUGACUUCGCGGCCAGCCAGAUGGACUGGCGCUACUUCCAGCGCAACCACGCCGAGCUGUGGCUGGAGCUGGCUGGCAAGGCGUUCCGCGAGAUGGACAAGGACGGUAGCGGCGUGCUUACGGUGCCCGAGCUACUGGAUGCACUGCGCGCCCGCCUGCCGCCCGAGGAGGUGCAGACCGCGCUGGAGCUGGCGCUGCAGGAGGCGGGCAGCAACGGCGCCAGUGCCGCCGCCAGUGCGGGCAGCUCGGGCGAUGCCAUGACCGGCGGCAUCGACUUUGAGGGCUUCCUCAAUCUGCUCAAGGUGGGCUCGGUCGACAGCCUGGACCUGUACGACGACCGCAUGAGCGUGCGCUCCAUGGGGAACUCCACGCACGGCGGCAACGGCUCCAUGGACAGGUACAACAGCCUGCUGGCCGCGUCCAUCAAGACGUCGGACUGGAGCCGCCACGGCCCCGGCGGCAGCCGCCACGGCGACGUGAGCGCACACAGCGCCACCAGCGACGUCAGCGACGUGUCGGCGGUGCAGGACAAGGAUAACUCGCUGCGCGCCGGCGCCGGCAUGAUGCCCGCCUCGCCAGCCGCCGCGGUCACGUCCUUCCGCUUCGACACCGGUACCGGCGUGCCGCCGCUCAAGAAGACCGCCGUCGCCAACGGCAUCGUCGGCAGCAUCUCCACCGCGGCCGGCGGCGGCGUGGGCGCCGCGGCCAACGGCACCUCCGGCGGCAUGGUGUGGCGCUUUGACGUGGCCGGCCCCGCGCAACCGCCGCCCGCGCCUACUUCCACCGUGUGGCGCUUCGACGUCGCAGGCGGCCGCGACCGCGAGAAGGGCUGGGACCAGACCGGCGAGGCGGCCGCCAUCGCUGUGGGCGCCGGCCCGCUGACCAGUGGCCCUACGACGCCCGCCAAGGACGGCAGCGGCAGCAGCCGCGCCAACGUAGCCGUGUCGGCGCUCAACACGUCGGCGACAGGCCACUACCUGGGCCGGCAGGGCGGCUACUAUGACCGCCGCCACCACGGCGCCACGCUGUACCGCAACGCCGCGCUCAACGCCCUAAACGCCAGCCGCCUACACACCGUCGCUGAGUAAAGAGCGGCGGGACUCGGGGUUGGGAGCGCAGCGUGUGGAUGCUAGAUCAGGAACAGGUGCGGUGGCGGCAGUGAGGCAGCUGGUGCAAUAGCAGGGUGGUGUGAGGCGGGUCGGCGUGAAGCGGAGUGGAGCAGGGUGUGUACUGGAGCGAGCAGUUGAGCAGCUGAUGCAGCUGACAAUCCGCAUUUGCGUGGAGGUUUGUCGCGGGUAGCGCAGCUUGUUGCAUGUUUUGGAGUUUGUUUGCGGAUUCGCGUUUCUCCGGCGCAGCGCGGAUAGGAUAAUGCCUUCCAGCUACUGACGCCCGGCCAGAAUUCAUUGUGGUAGCAAAUGCAUGCAAAAGGGAACGUAUAUACGUUAGGAGGAGGCAUUGGACAACUUGCCUAGUACACACUAGGCAUUCAGGGAGCAGAACAACUCUCUGCGGAGUGGCCUGUCACCGGGGCGCACUGCACCGUGAAUGCAAGAUGCCGCGGGGAGGUGGGCUAUUGGUUGGUGAGCACCGGCGGGCGCUUCGAGUUCGGUGGCGUGGUGGCGGUUGAAGGUGCAAAUAGGGUGGUGAGCUGAACAAUCCAUAAAAGCAGUUGGUGAUGAGUAGGGCGCUCCGGGAGAUGACACGCGCAAGAGCACAACACUCUUGCGCAGUCACCCAUUUUGCUCCGGAUGUGCGUGUUAUGUGGCAUGUGUCGUCGUUAUGAUGGUGGGUGCGUGCUUUCAUUGAGGGAAGUGAGGCGAGGAGAGACUUUUAUAGUACGCUUGUCACAGGGUGGCGCCCAGUGGCUGCACACCGGAAGACAUGUCACAGUUUUGAUGUCGGGGGCCUGGGCUUAUCGGUCGAAGUUUUUUUACCCAAGGAUGGAAGUUGAAAGGGCGAGCCAAUGAGUGUAACGUGUCUGUGUU